GAGACAAAGAUGGCAGUAAGGUGACAACAGUGGUGGCGACACCUGGACAGGGUCCAGAUCGGCCGCAGGAGGUCAGCUACACUGAUACCAAGGUGAUUGGCAAUGGUUCCUUUGGAGUUGUUUACCAGGCGAAACUGUGUGACACAGGGGAACUGGUGGCGAUCAAGAAGGUUUUGCAGGACAAGAGAUUUAAAAAUCGUGAGCUGCAGAUAAUGCGAAAACUGGAUCAUUGUAAUAUCGUCCGAUUACGGUACUUCUUUUACUCCAGUGGAGAAAAGUUGCUGUAAGCUGUGACUUUUAAUUAGUCAGAGACCUUUUAUAAGUGUAAACUAGCCACGCUGUGCCUCUUGCAAACCAUUGAAAACAUCUGGAGAAGGAAGACUGAGAAACCAGGUUCUGAUCAGCAUAAGAACAAUCUUAGCGGAUCCUGUGAACAGAAACCACUACACGUGCAUAAUGUAUUAAAUGUAAAGGGGAUUUUAUAGGAUGAUUUGAGUUUUAACUGUUAGAGUUAAAUGCUGAGUUUUCAUUAUUGUUUACCUGCAGCUGACAUCUACUUUUUUGUAAUAAAAAGUAAUUCUGGCUAAGUACUUAAA